AUGAUGGCACACAUGGCCGACAUGGGCAAGUUCCACAUGAGUUUCUAUCCUUGUGGCGGUGACGAAUGGGAGGAAGAUGAGGCGUCCCACAACUUCCUUAAGAAUCUCAAGCCGAAGCUGUGCAACAUGCAGUGCACUUCACUCACGGAGCGUCUCCAACUCGCAUUGUUGGACCACCCGCACGGAAUCGACUCGCCUUUUCUCAACCCAAAAGAGAAGUCCUUCCUGGACGCAAUGAGCCAGGCGGAAAGGCGCAGAAUGUUCUCCCUCACGGAUGAAGAGCAGGCCUUUUUGGAUGGAGGAAAAGAAGGUGAAGACAUCACUAUGCCAAGCUUGCCAUCCUCGUCAGCAGGUUCCUUCCAGUUCCUCCCGGAGGUGUAUGCCGUGCGCCAGUCGCUCGAGACCCGAAGCAUCAACAUCCGGAGGACCGCCCUUCCAGGCUGUUGCGUGCUGGCCUAA